UCAAACAGUGAUAUUCCGAGUGACUUGAGAUCUGAAAAUCGGUUGUGUGUUUCCCAGCUAUAAUUCAGUGCGAAAGUGAGACGUCGUCGAAUUUAUCGAGCGUGUAAUUUCUCGAGAUUUAUGAUCCACCGCCCACUGACAGGCUAAAUGUCCAGACCCCGCUAUCCCCGGUCCACCGCGAGGCACCUCCGAUGGGUGGCCUGUUUGCUGGCCAGUCUUUGGCUAUCGGCUUGUCGAGCCCAGUUGCCAGGGACAGGAUUCCAAGGACAGCGACCAUUGCAGCCGAUCCAGCCUCUACAGCAACAGAAUAAUCCAUUUCAAAGACGCCAGCCCAAUCCGGUUCAGGGCCAAGGACUAUUUCCGGGCCAGAGGAAUCCUUUGAACCCGCUGGCCAAUCCUUUGGCUCCUGCUCUGACCGGAGCUGCUGGCCUGCAGAAUCCCUAUAAUCGUUAUAAUCAAUAUAAUCAAAACUAUGUACCGAUCACUGCCUACCAGAACGAGCUCAACCUGGAUGGAAGUUUCUCCUAUGGAUACUCGACUGCCGAUGGAACCACAGCACAGGCGCAGGGAUAUGUCAAGAAUCUGGGCUAUGGAGAAGGAGUUGAGGCUCAGGUCAUCCAGGGCUCCUAUUCGUACACCUCCCCGGAGGGUACUCCCAUUACGGUUCGGUAUAUUGCCGACGAGAAUGGAUUCCGAGCGGAAGGAACUGGCAUUCCUGCCUCCCCGCAGUACUUUCUGGGUGCCCAACAGUAUCAGCAAGGUGUUCUAAAUCCCAAUUUAAAUCCGUACCAGACUCCCUUCCGGCAACUGCCACCUCCGCUGCCCAACGCCCCCUUUCGCCCGCAGCUCCCUGGCCAACAGCCAUUGAAUCCAUUGCAGCAGCAACAACAGAAUCAGCUGCAACAGCAGCAACAACGAAACUUCCAGCAGCAGCAACAGCAACAGAACUCUGGACAAUAUCAGCCAGAUCAGCCGUUCAAUCAGUUGCACGCCGGACACCUCUCCGGGCAAUAUGCCGGACAAUUUGGCCAGCAUUUCGGAAGUAAUCUUACGACCCAGCAGCAGCAAAACCUCAACCAGCAACAGCAGCAGCAACAGCAACAGCAACAGCAGCAACAGCAGAAAGAGCAGCAACAGAAUGAGCAGCAGCAACAGGCUCUUAUAACCCAACAACUAAGAGGCAGACCCAGUCAAUUGGUGGACCCAUAUGGCUAUAACCAGUAUGGCCGACGCUUCAAGAAGUCACCAAAGAAAUGAUCGGGGCACUUCCAUUGAAACAAUUAUUUCAUUUAGUCUUCGAUGUAGUCACAACUCAAAGGCAUGAAAUACAUGCAACAGAAAAGUCAA